CCUUUUGACCUUAUUACUGAUUAUUCAGCACUUCGUUGGUUGCUAAAUCAGCCUAAUUCUGCCAAAAGGGUUACUUGUUGGAUACAAUGGAUAGCUGACUAUCCUUGCACAGUCAUAUAUCGCAAGGGACGAGUCCACUCAAAUGUGGAUGCACUUUCUUAUCUUCUUAGAAAGCCACCCUAG